CGUGAGAAACCUUUUGUCGGCCAGCUCAGGGACAAGCUACACUAUUCGCAUCCCUCAUUAAUAAUCAAACUGCUGAAAGACAGGUGUUGGGUGUAGUUUUAUAGUGCACCACGGAGAAUGUGAAAGGUAAGUCCACAACCUUAAAGGCAGGGUGUGGACAGACAGGAGAGGGAGAACUGAGUAUUUUCUUUUCUAUUAUAAUUUUGGGCUCCAAAGGAGAACUUUAAUACAUCGUGGUCAUACGUUUUGCCAUAGCAUGCCAAUUACCUACAGAAGGUUUUUAUGUCACGACAGCUGGAAAAGCGAAGGAGAGGGACCAUGCACUCAGGGGUAUUUAUGAGGGUGCUGAUACUGUCAGUUGUCACUGAUCCUAUCCCAGCUCAAAACUCUGAGAUCUUCACUUUGGUGGUCCCUCAUGGUCCGAUUUUGACCCGGAUAAACGCCUCCAUCUCCCUACCUUGUGAACUCUCACCUAUCUUCAGUGCAGAGCCGUUGGAGGUGCGUUGGUACCGGCCUGGUAACUUCAACCGACCUGCCUUGUUAUACAAGGACCACAGCAUCCAGGCAUCUGUGGACCCCCGGUACUGGGGCAGGGUGUCUCUAACUGGGGGGCUGGAGAGGGGGAACGUGUCCCUGAGACUAGACAGGGUCACUUUGGAAGACAGGGGCGAGUAUGUGUGCCGUGUCAGCAGCGAACAGUGGUAUGAAAAGGCCAGUGUGUCCCUCACACUGAUUGUAUUAGGUGGUAUCCCAGUUUUGUCUCUUGCUGAAGCAAGAGGAGGAGGAGGCCAGGUGAACGUUACCUGUUCAUCAGUGGGCUGGUCACCACAACCUACACUCACCUGGAAAAACAAAGAAGGCGCAGAGCUCAGAAAUGUACAAGAAGUACUCUACACACAUGAUUCUCAGGGCUUGGUGAGCGUAAGUAGUUGGCUGCUGUAUUCUCCCUCAGACUCCGAUUGGCUCUCCUGUACAGUCUCUCUGUCUGAGGAGGAGGAGAAGGAGAGUAGAAUCCUGCCCAGAGCUCCAAUGGACGGACAUUGGAGUCUUGGAGCCUUCAUCACGACCCUGAUUAUUUUACUGCUAGUCGUCUUUACUGUCAUUGGGCUCUUCAUCUGGAACAAAAAAACUGAUAAAACAGAGUCUACGGAGAGGCCAGAAGAAACGGCUCUUGUCAGAGGUGAAGGUGAUCAAAGUCAAGCGCCAAAUGGAGAAUGUGGUAUGCAAACUGCGAAGGAAACUACUACACAGAAGAAAUGUGUCCCAAAAGCAUGGGGAGAAGUGAAGAGAUUCAAAGUGGACAUCACUCUGGACCCAACGUCUGCUCACCCUAACCUAGACGUGUAUGCAGGUAGAAAGAAGGUUUAUUGUAGGGACUCAAAAGUAACUGAUGUUCCCACAGCUCUUCAUGUCUUUAGUGAGGACAGAUUCAGCUCCGGACAGUCAUACUGGGAAGUGAAGGUGAGGGAAGAUUCCAUUUUUAGCAAAGAGAAACAGUCAUGGUAUGUUGGAGUGGCCACAGACACAGCAGUCAACAAAACUGUGGUUGUCCCCUUAACCCCUGAGAAUGGUUUCUGGGUUUUAACAUGUGAAAAAGAGAAAGGUUAUUAUGUCCAUGCUGACCCUCAAAUGCCAGUAUCUGGAAACGAAAGCCCUUUAAUAUUUCUAAGCCUAUCAGCAACAGGAAAAGCAAUUCUUACAACACUUGGAGUUUUCUUUGAUUGUGACAGACAGAUGCUUUCCUUUUAUGAUGCUGAAUCAAAGGUACAUCUUUACAGUUUGUUUAACGUUGUGUCAUCUAACACAUUCUUAGGUGUAUUCAGCCCUGGGUUACGUGGCAAAUGUCCCUUAACAGUUCAAUGACUCUGGAUGACAAAUAAAUAAAAUCCAAUUGUAACACUCUGAGACACUAACAGGGAAUUCAACUGCAUAGAGACAUUAUAUAUGAAAUGUGAAUUUACUACCUGUAGUGAGAUCAUUGAUGUAUAUCUGUAAUAAAAGUUUUGAAUACCAA